AUGUCACAUGAGCACAGUCCAACAGGUGAUAGUAAUUCAUCGUCAAGUGUUUUAUCUCCUGGUUUAUCCCCACCGCGCAACGCCAUUUUAUCAGGUAAACUCUACGAACAUGACCGGCGCGCAAGUAUCUGCUCGCAACAAUCAUCCUAUUCAAUGAAAUUCGAAAAAACCACCUACGAAUCAGCACCUGUCGCACGCAACACAGCCGAGAACAAUCAAGUCCGAAUUAUUGACUAUCGCGGAACAAAAUUAACAUCAUUUAACGUCGAGGGGCGCGAAUUGAUCUGUUUGCCACAAGCAUUUGACUUAUUUUUGAAGAAUUUAGUCGGUGGUUUGCAUACAGUUUACACAAAGUUAAAACGUUUAGAAGUUAUUCCUGUUGUGUGUAACGUUGAACAAGUUCGCAUCUUGCGAGGUCUGGGCGCCAUUCAACCGGGCGUUAAUCGAUGUAAAUUACUCGCUCCAGCUGAAUUUGAUAUUCUCUACGAUGAUUGUACAAAUUCAGGUUCUCGACCUGGUCGACCACCGAAACGCAACUCAGCACAUCAUAUCGAUGAUUGUCUUGAAGAUAAACGGAUGAAAUUAUCAUCAAGUCUACUUCUUCGCUCAUUUCCCGAAUUUGCCAAUCAAGCUUUCAAAUAUCCGGUUCAUUCAAAUGGCUAUUUAUCUAUUCCAUCAACCAAUGGAAACCAAUCGUCUUCAUUUGCACAUUCAUUUGGCUAUUCGGCAUUUGCACCAACAUUGCCGAUACAUUUUCCGACAAAUCAUCAUCCAUCGCCUUAUCUUCUAGCUGAGAAUCGCACAACACGUUCGAAUGAACCAAAUUACAAAUCUCCUCCGUCAUCAUCCUCAUCCUCGCUAGCAACUUCAACAUCAUCUCCAUCACAUCGAGCUCAUUCUUCAAAUGAAUUACGUUCGUUUACCAUUGAUGCAAUGCUCAGUAACAACAAUGGGAAAAGUCUUAAUAAAGAAAAUUCACAACGAGAUCGAUUAAUAAAACCAAUUGAUCUUUCUUCGACAUCGACUGAUAUAUCUUCACCGACGAAUGACCAAACACCGCCGCCUCCACCAAUCCUGUCAACACCCUCGUCAUCAUCAUCAUCAGCUCUCCCGACAGCUGCAUCAUUGAACUAUUUUCAUAUAAAGAAUAUGAUCGAAUUAACUGUUGAAAGUGCUCGACUACGAGAAAAACAACUGGAAAAUGAAAUUGUUGAUCUACGCAAUGAAUUAACAAAAGAACAAGGUUCUCGGCAAAAACUUGAACAAGAUAUUCUGGAAUUACGACGUAUUCGAAAUGUGCUUAUUAAAAAACUAAAACGCCUUAAUCGAUCCUCAUCGGCUACAGGAAACUGUUCUAACAGUAAUGGUGAUACCAAAAACGAAAUAUCAUCAUCAUCAUGA